AUGUACACACAUACACAUGUACAUACAUACACAGACACACACAUGUACACACACACACACACACACACACACACAUACAUGUAUAUACACGCAGACACAUGUACAGAUACACACAUGUACUUACACACAGACACAUGUACAUGCCCUAUAAAAAGUUGCAGUACUUCAUUGUUCACUCACAGAGCCGGGUACUGCACUCUAAGGGGAGGCAGAGAGCACAACACACACUCCUUGCUUUGCUUUCACUGCGCUCAGCUAUUGAGCAGUCUGACGGCUCCCAGUGCCAAUGACAGAUCCGGCCUGAGCUCCGAGCCUGCUCAGCAAGACUGCCCUGGGGGACACACUCGCCCCCACCAUAAUUUCCACUCGCCAUUGGCGAGCAGGUGAGUGGAAAUUUCAAGGCCUGUGCUA